CGCAGCUAUAGCAGGAGUCCCGCUCCCUCUCUCUUCCGGCCGCAAGCCGUUGCUUUGCUUCAUCAUACUUGCGCAAGUACUUGUUCAGAGAAGCAGGACCGCCUCCAUCUCACAGCUGCGAUCGCGCAAGUGAGGGAUCCGUCCAUCGAUUGACCGGGCCAAGGUGACAGAGGAGGAGGAAGCCAAAAUGGAGGAGAAGCCCACUUUGGCUGGCAUCGAGGUGGCCAAUGCCAACCCUUUGGGCCUGACCGCCUUUGCGCUCACCGCAUUCACCAUGUCCAUGUUCACCACGGGUCUGCUGCCGGAGUCCGUCAGCAACGUGGGCUUGGCGAUGGGCUACUUCUUCGGCGGGGCGGGCAUGCUUCUUGCGGGGCUGUGGGCGUUCUUUGCACGCAGCACCUUCGGCGCCACGGCCUACUGCUCCUACGGCUUCUACUUCCUCGCGUACACCUACUACACGGUGGAGAUGCAGAACGACGCAGAGAACCCCGACAAGACCCACGUGGCGCUGGGCGUGUUCCUGCUGGGGUGGACCAUCUUCACCAUCUGCAUGACCAUCAUCUCGUACAGGACGUUCCGCGCUCUGUUCAUCAUGUUCGUCUUCCUGACGCUGGAUUACUUCUUCAACAUGGUGGGCGCAUGGGCGGACUCGAAGAUCGCCACCAAGGCCGGAGGCUGGUUCGGCCUAAUGGCAGCGGCAUCGGCGCUGUACUGCGCCAUGUCCAUCGUCGUAACCGACACGUGGCACGAGGAGCUGCUGCCACUCGGACACUACAAAGGAUAAGAUGCUAGGACACUUGAAACCAUAGUCUAGAGAACUACCAUAGCCUCUAGGAUUCUAGGAAUAUGUUCCCUGAAGAUUUUAUAUAUCGCUGACUCGCUGACUGAGCACGGUAAACGCGCACAAUCACACAACAGGACACAUAACAUUACUAGGUUACGUGCAAGGCCCCUAUGACAGAGCGGGAAAGGCAACGAUUCGCUGGAGUGAAGAUUUUGGGAGCUGCAGCUUCUCGCUGCUUGCGGCCACCGGUGUGUUAUGUACUAUGUAGGUUGUUACGCUGAUAGAGUAUGAUGAAGACUGAAGUUAGUGAACGAUCCUGAUGAGCGUUCGGACUGUGUUGCCGUAAGGGGGGGGGUGGUCACAGACUUGGCGACGCGAAACCUGUCGACGCUGUCGUACCUUGGUCCUUGGAUACAGGACGAAAUUGGUAGGGAAAGAAUACAAAGGUUUUGCCGCCGGGAAUGACCUUAGGGAUGAGGGACAACAUUAGUUUAGUUUGGUCUGGUUCGGUUUGGUUUGGUUGUGCGCCUUGCCUGAUCAGUGGUAGAUGCGGCUUGUAAGCGAGUAGGAGUGUGGAGACGCUUUCUGUUAGUAAUUCAUUGAAUAUCUUGUUGUUUUUUUUUUUUUUUUUUUUUUUUUUUUUUUUUUUUUUUUAUAACAAAAACCGCUCCAUCUA